CCACGGCAUGUGCCUUUCUAUGUCAGCCAUUUUGUAGUUUCCUUGAGAAAUUGUGUGUUGAGUUGAUUCUUCCUCUUGGGAACGUGUACAUGAAUGGGGACAUUGGGAAGCUCCCACCAGGGGCGGUUUAUCCAACCACCCCUGAAACUUUGGGUCCAGUUACAAUUGCUAUCGAAGGUGUUAAUUUAUUGGAAUCUUCAGCACAGCAUAGCAUAGAUAUUGCAGGCGCAGUAGGAUAUAAUCGUGUAGAUGUUGCAACACUAGGUGAUGUGUCUACUCCUUCAAACACGAUGGCAGAUCUGUCUGCUUCUGGCAUACCUAUGGAUCAACUCAAACAAAUGCUCUCUUCUCAGCUUGAAUAUUAUUUUUCCAGAGAGAAUUUAGCCAACGAUACAUAUUUAUUAUCACAAAUGGAUAAUGACCAAUAUGUACCCAUAUGGACAGUAGCUAAUUUCAAUCAAGUGAAGAAACUAACAAAAGAUAUAAAACUUAUAACAGAGGUGUUAAGAGAGUCUCCAAACGUUCAAGUGGACGAAGAAGGUCAAAAAGUAAGACCUAAUCAUAAGCGGUGUAUUGUCAUUCUGCGUGAAAUACCUGAUAGUACACCAUUGGAAGAAGUAAAGAAUUUAUUCUCUGGUGAAGGAUGUCCAAGGUUUAUUUCUUGCGAGUUUGCUCAUAAUAGCUCUUGGUAUGUAACAUUUGAAUCUGACGAGGAUGCUCAAAAGGCCUAUAGGUUUUUACGUGAAGAAGUUCGAGAAUUUCAGGGAAAGCCAAUAAUGGCUCGAAUCAAAGCCAAACCAAUGAAUAGGUUACCAAUACCUGUUGUUGCUGGGGUAGGUGGCAUUAAAAAUGGUUAUAGAACUCCACCACCUCCACCCGUUUAUGAUCCAAGUAAUUAUACGGCUGGACAACAACGCUUCCUAUAUCCAAACGGUACCACUAUACCGCAAACUACUUUGCCACCUUAUGCUAAUCAGGUUCAUGUUUAUCAUCAACCUUUUUACCCUGCUGGAAUGAUGCCUUGGGGGCCAGCAAGUCCUGCUUAUUUCGAUAUGUCAAGUGUUUUUACAAUGAAUCGAAUUACCCCUCAUAGUACAUUUAAGCCUCAUAAUACGAAAUAUAAUCCAAGACACAGAAAUAAACAAAGAAAUGGUCCUGAAAGAAGUUGUCCAAUGGACAGUGGAGGUGGAAUGGUACCUAUGGGCCGUACAUCACAUCCCCCAAUAAGUGGUGGACCAGUCUCUUUGGCAACGCCAUCUCCUACCUUUACAUCCAAUGUACCUACAAUAAAAUCCACUCCUGUUUCCUGUCAAAGCGGCACAAAGUUCCAUUCCUCCCAUGCAGGACUAUCUAAUACGGAAAUGCAAUAUAACAGUAAUCCAACGAAAGGGCCACAAGAAAACGAUAUACAGACGUUGGAAACUGGAGUCCAAUUUCCACGUCAUCGUAUACAUCGCCGGACCAAAGAUCAAGAUACUAUUUCCAAGGCAAACAAUAAUGCUCUACCAUCGAUCAGGGAGUCAACUGUCAACAGUAAUAACAACACACAAUAUAAUCGAGGGGUACAGUUUGAUUUAGAGGCUUCGGCUUUUCCCCCACUUCCUGGCCUAGACGCCGAUCUUACGAAAACCCAUAAUGCGACUAUAGAAACAGUUAAUAAUGAUAGCUCACAGUCACAAAACAGACUGUCGGACGUGGUCAAAGGAACAGCAAAACUCAAAAAUAAUAAGGAAAAAGAUCCUUCAGCUAAUUAUCAACAAUUGACAAAUAAUAGUAGGUCUGCAAGUCCCGGAUCAAGCGCUGGUGGACAUACUGGUUUAUUAGAGGCUAACACUGGUUCUGGAGGUUCGAACACACCUGCCGUAGCUACAGUCUCAAGCUCCAAUCAAUCUGCUAGCAACACUGAUUCCACUGACAUCGCCCUCAGCACCAUCACCCUUACUCCUCCGUCGUCUCCCGAUAAGUAUUGUUCUUUCUUACUGAAAUGCACCGCUGACAGAUCUAUAAAGACUGAUGAAAUGAAUAUGAUGAAUGGUGUGGAUGAGGCCAUAACUACAAACACAAAUGCAGCAGAAGAGUCUGAUCCAGUGACCAGGUGCGCUUGUAACAUCCCUACUGCCUCACAGAAUUCCCAGUUACAUACUGGAGUUACAUCUGCCUUUUCCUUAGAUGUUACGAAGCCAAGCUAUGCUCAAGUAGCACAACAUUGUCGUGACUUACCUUGUACAAAACAUAAAACAGAUGAAAAAGAUGGAAACAUCUAAACUAUUAAUAUAUUUACAGAUACUGCUACAAUGAAUUUCAAUUUAGCUAUAUUACCAUUAAUUUGGGUUGAGUGCAUUGAAUGAAUGCACUACUGCUUUCAUCCUGUUAAGUGGAUGUGGUGGAAAUGAAGAAAACUUUUUACAUUGUACAGUGAUUUUGCCUACUAUGAAUGUGUAUUAAUUAACUAUGAAUCAUAAACAAAUUAUUUCGGGAAACAGCGAUUACCCAUACAUUUAAGAGUUAUGUUUAUUGGCAGAACAACAUGCUGCAUAGACGAAUAUUGUUAUUGUUUUGGUUCUGUAAUUUUGGAGGUACAUAUUUGUUAGCUUGUAAAAAUAUUAA